UGUGUGGACAAGGAGAGAUCUUCGUGCAUUCAUUAGGCAUCCAAGUGUCUCAUGUGUUGGUUGUGGCAUAAUGGGAUGCUUAGGAAACAAGCAGGGUUCAGUUUCAGUGAGGUUUCAGUUACAUGAAACAAGCUUCUGCUUUGUGUGCAGCCAUCUAGCUUCAGGGGGCAGAGAAGGGGAUGAGAAAUGUAGGAACUCUAAUGUUGCUGAAAUCUUUUCAAGGACCACAUUUCCUAGAGGCCCUUUAUUUGAUUUGCCAAGAACAAUUCUAGAUCAUGAUCAUGUAAUAUUGCUUGGAGAUUUAAAUUAUAGAAUUUCUCUACCAGAAGAAACAACACGCUCACUUGUUGAAACAAGGGACUGGGAUUCCUUAUUAGAAAAUGAUCAGCUAAUGAUGGAGCUAAUGGCCGGAAAAAUAUUAAAAGGAUGGCACGAAGGAGUAAUCAAAUUUGCUCCUACCUACAAGUAUUUUCCAAAUUCAGACAUGUACUAUGGCUGUUUUUGUCAUGGAAAAAAGCCAGAGAAGAGGAGAGCACCAGCAUGGUGUGAUCGAAUAGUAUGGUACGGGAAGGGUUUAAAGCAACUUCAGUAUGCUAGAAGUGAAUCAAAACUAUCAGAUCACAGGCCUGUUAAAGCAGUGUUUUCAGCAGAAGUCAGGGUUUUACCAGAGUUGACAAGGGUGCAAAGCUUGUUUCUAUCAGAAAGAUUCGAGCAAAUUGAAUCUCCUUUUGAAGUUUCCACCACUGAUGAAUUUGUAUUUAGGAAAAAAACAUCAAGCUUCCGGUUGUAAAUAUUAGUGUAAUUAUGAACAUAAACGUUUAAUUUACAUUGCAAAAAGACAACUACUAGAGAACUUCAGGGGAAUGAAAGUGGAAAACUUCUUGGACAUGACAUAUUGUUAGGACCGAUGACCCAAUAGCAGGCCCAAGGGAAUCACUUGUUCAAGAGGGGAGUGGAACCAAGAUAUGGAGAGUAUAUUCUAGAAAGGGGUAAAGGGGGAAAUAGAGCUAAGGGAUAACUAACUAACAGCCAGCUGUUGAGAGAGAGGGUGAGAGCUGAUUGUAAUCCCAGAGUAUAAGGGACGUUGAGAAAGGUGGAGAGGGCAUCUUGUGUAAUCUAGUGCAUAGAAAUGAAUAGGAAGCUUUGAGCUUCCUAUAAGAGCUUAGCUCUGGUCAAAUUCAGGAGAUAUUACUCCCUUUCUGUAGUUCCCAAACCCAUUAAUAAGCAAUCGAAUACAUUUUCAGUUCAA